GUUUCAAUUUUAUUGUUAUUAGUUCUUGCUACUUUGUAACACUAGGCUGUUUCCUCAGAGGUAGACUUGAUCCCAGACCCUGUCUCUCUAGAGGGGUUACUGUCGACUCUUCAGAAGGGCCUUAAAAAUGAGUCACAACGCUUCUCAGUACGACGAGAGUCUGUUCUUACCGACUGUUUACAAGCAAUGUGCAGGAAAUCAUUUGAUCCUCUAAAGCCAAUCCUGGUUGAAUUUGUGGGUGAAGAAGGUAACAACACUGGUGGCUUGCUGAGGGAACUAUGGCGCCUAAGUUUAUGGUCACUUUUCAAAGGCAGUAAUUUCUUUCAUGAUCUUCCUGAUGCAAAAAUACCUCUUCACAAUCUCCAUGCUCUACAAUCUGGUCACUUCAAAAAAAUUGGACAGCUCUUGGGACUGUCUCUACUACAAGGGGGUUCUGGUGUUCAAUGUUUGGCCCCAUGCAUCUACAAUUACAUAGCUGGUGUAGACUUACACGACCUUCAGCCAGCCAUUCACCACAUUCCUGACAGUGAUGUUAGAGAACUGGCAUUCAGAAUUGACAAAGCCAGUGGGGAAGAACUAUUGGGGCUCAUGAGUGACCCCAGCAUAGGCGUACAACUAGUAGAUGCUGGGUACACCAAGCCAAUCACUCACAUUAAUGAUGCCACUAAAAAAGAAGCAGUAAAAACACUGGCUUUACAUCACUGUAUACUGUCAGUUAAAACAGAACUAGACAAAUUGUGUGAAGGAAUGACAGUGGGAGGAAUACGAGAUUGCAUUCAAAAGCAUCCUCAGGCAUUCCGGAAAUGUUUCAUAGCAGGAGAAUUAGAGCCUCUUACUGCAGAUACGGUUCGAGACUUGUUCGAAACGAAGGUGUUUUCGGAAAAAGGAUGCAAUGAGUGGCAGAAAGAAAAAGCUGCAUAUAUGCACUUUUUAUCAUUGCUGGAUGCGUGUGAAGAUGUGCAAGUUGAAAUAUCUUUGGGUGAUGUACUUGCGUUUUUUACGAGUUCGGACAAGAUACCACUAUUAGGGUUCCCAAAUAAAGCUGUAAUGCAAUUUACUCAAAUUGGGAUCUACCCGACAGUCUCAACAUGUUCCAUAACACUAACUCUCCCAACCAUUCAUGAAGACUUCAGUGCAUUUGCCAGUCAUUUCAUUGAAGCUGUUAGAGGACACAAUGGCUUUGGAAAAGUGUAAACUUGUUAAUAUUGUCACUGUUUGACAGUUAGGUGCAUGCGUAUAACAUUUGUUUGAUUGUUGCUGUUAAGCACUUUUCGCUUCCUAUCUAUAGAUAUAGAUGGUACAUGCUAAGUUGACAGUUGAUUUUAUACAUAGAUAUUAAAGUUGUUAUAUUAAACAUGCAUAUGCCUGUGUUCUGAUUUACAUAUCAGAAGUCACUAGAUAGAACAUACCAAUACGUGUGUUUUCCAGGUAGCAUUUCCCUGUAUAAGCCUGCAUGCUGUCAACAUCAUGCAGAGUCAUUCUCUUUGUCAAUGUCAUCACUUGAGUGCACGAUCUCGAACAAGAAGAAUCUGCAGAUAACUCGAUCC